CUCGUCGUUUCCCACGUUAGUGAUUUAAUGUUCGAGCAAAGCGCUAAUAGGCCAGAGGUGUGCGAUUUUGCAUUGUCCAAGAAAGAGCAAAAACAGCGUUUGCAGUCGCACGGGAGCCAGUUUCUUAAAACCUUACGGUGCUUAUAUAUAGCUACCCCUGGUUUGCUUUCAUUUUUAUUCUCUAUUUUACCUUAGUGUUUUCUUUACGUUUGCACUUUUCGGCGUUGCAGGUGUUGGGUCUCGUUUAAAAAGUUGAAGCAAAUAUGACUGCAGAAGAAGUGGGUGAAGCCAAACAGACGAUACCCAUUGAAGGGGAGGAUAUCAGCCCGAAAAAGGAUGGUGGCGUUUUAAAGAUAAUAAAGAAGGAAGGAUAUGAAGAGGAGACACCAAUGAUUGGGGACAAAGUCAGUGUCCAUUAUGUGGGUACAUUAUUGGAUGGUACCAAAUUUGAUUCCAGCCGAGACAGGGAUAACCACUUUACUUUUGACCUUGGAAAAGGUCAAGUGAUCAAAGCUUGGGAUAUUGGUGUUGCUACAAUGAAGAUUGGAGAGGUUUGUCAACUGAUCUGUAAACCUGACUAUGCGUAUGGCUCAGCAGGAAGUCCACCUAAAAUUCCAGCAAAUGCUACUUUGGUUUUUGAGGUGGAGCUAUUUGAUUUUAAAAGCGAAGAUCUUUCUGAAAAUGAAGAUUGUGGAAUAAUCCGCAGAAUCUUGAAAAAAGGGGAAGGAUACAGCAAACCAAAUGAUGGUGCAACAGUUGAAGUCUUUUUGGAAGGUAAAUUUGAGGGUAAAGUGUUUGAUAGCCGGGAGUUAAAAUUUCAGUUGGGUGAAGGAGAAGCACUGAGUGUUCCAGUUGGAAUUGAACGUGCAAUUCAAAAUAUGGAAAAGGAAGAGGAAGCUCUAAUCACCCUGAAGCCAAGGUAUGGAUUUCAUAUAUCAGGAAACCCUGAGUUCAACAUUCCACCAAAUGCAACACUAAACUAUGUGGUUAAGCUAAAGGCAUUUGAAAAGGCUAAAGAUUCAUGGGAAAUGAAUAUAACUGAGAAGCUGGAACAAGGAUCAAUUGUCAAAGAAAAGGGAACUCAGUAUUUUAAAGAAGGGAAAUAUAAGCAAGCAGCUGGGCAGUACAAGAAGAUUAUUCUGUGGCUGGAAAUGGAAUCUGGGUUGACUGAAGAAGAAGAACAAAAAUCCAGAGCACUGCAGCUGGCAGCACACCUAAACAUGGCUAUGUGUUCCCUGAAAGUCCAGGAGUUCACACAAGCAUUAGAAAGUUGCAACAAGGCCUUAGAAAUGGACAGCAGUAAUGAGAAGGCUCUGUUCCGUCGUAGUGAAGCAUAUUUUUCAAUGAAGGAAUUUGAAGAAGCAAGACAAGGUUUUCAAAAAGUGGUUCAGCUGUACCCCAGCAACAAAGCUGCAAAAGCACAGGUUGUGGCAUGCCAACGACAUAUCAAAGAUCAGCAUGAGAAAGAUAAGCGUCUCUAUGCCAACAUGUUCCAGAGAUUUGCAGAACAAGAUGCCAAGAAAGAAGCUGAAAAAGUAAAGGACACAAAAUCUCAAGAUAUUCAAGAGGAGGAUGUAAACAUUGAAGAAAACAGUGAUGAAAUGAAAGAUGAGCAUGGACAAUAGAUCUGGCAGCUCUCCUGCCCUUUUUCCGGUUAAUUUAAAAUUACUUUGUAAAUUAAGUUGUAAUUUUGUAAUUUUUCUGAAGACUUGCUUUUAGUAAAAUCAUUUUGAGUAGCUUGCUUUUGAGGACAUCUUGUUAUCAUUUUUGACUGUUCUUAAAAUUACUUUUGACAGUUAAUGAUUGUUUUAUUAUUUAACUAGUGAUGUUCCAAAAAAAAAAAAAAAAAAUAAAGGUUUACAUUAAAGUUCCUUCCAUAGUAGCACUUCAACCUAUUCUGUAAUACACUCACCUGGGAUAUUAAGUUUAAUACUAAAGCAAUUUUUGGGUAGGGUAAAGAAUUUGCAAGUGUUCCUUUUAAGAUUGUGUUUUUGUAUAUAUGAGUUGUGCCAUGUUUGAAUUCUUCCCCAAUACAUUAUAGGGGGUGUUACAGAUUAAGUUGGAGUGCUAGUGUGAAAGAGUCUUAAGAUUAUAGGUAAAGAUCAACUGGAUUUUGCGAGGUGUAUAUCUGAAAUAUGUAAUAUUUUAAUUGUAAAAUAGACCUUUGGGUACUUUAAUAAGACAGUAGGGAACACAAAGAUGCAUAAUUCAGUCUGCUAAACUGAAGUCAGCUCAUUCUUUCAGGGAUAAUAAAGCUGUGGUUUAGGAGGAUGGAGGUAGAUCUUUGCCUUAGCUUGUUCUGAUGCGACCUUCUUCUAAUAAAAAUAUCUCUAAUCAAGUCUUUUAAAAGAUUUGAAAGAAGGUUGAAAAUGAUUAUAGAUGAGUGCAUUUUCAUUGUCACUACUCUUUUGAACCCUACAUGGAAUCUCAAUUUUUUCAGUUAUGCAAUGUUGUUCCAGAUAUGCAAUGUAAUCUUUAACUCUCCUGUCAGGGGACUUCAUAUAAAAGUUUAACUGAUACUGUUGAAAUUAAAUUAUGCAGGAGUAAAACGUGUGGCUGUUCAUGUUUCCUGCAUUAUGGUGGCAUUUACAUUUAGUGGCAAUUAGUAUUACUAGAAAAUGUAUUUAAGUGAAGAAAAAAGCUAAUAUCAUUAUUUCCAUAAACUAGGAAAGCCAACGAAGUGCUAUAAAAAAGAAGCUGUAUACCAGCAUGCAUAAAAUAUUUAGCAAGGCCAUGCCUUUUGUUAGGUAUCUUGCUAAUUUUGAUUUCACAGGAUGUGUGCUUCUUUUCUAAUUUGCUUUUCUUUCAACAAGCUUUCAAUGUAAAUUUGUUUUUCAAUGGUUUUCUAUAUACUGGAAAUACAGGUGCUGUCUUAAAGGGCUUCCAGUCAAAUAAAUUAUAUCCUGCCCUGGUUAAGAACUAAAAUCAGCUUUGUUUGCUAGGCAUCUGCUUGUUCUACCACUGUAUUUGAAUAUUUGAUUGUAUGGUAAACAAUGUCAUUUUGUUCAAUUUGGUUGGUUCAAAUGAAAAAUCCAUCACACUUUAUUGGAAAUGUUUUAAAAACUCAAUUUUAAGUUGAACGUUUGUUCAACACACUGUUUUGGUUAUGACUGUAUUAUGAGUCUGUUGGUGCUAUUGCUGACAAAACCUGUUAUUUUUUUUUUGGUUAAUGGAAUUCAGCUGUUACUUGAAAUGUAUGUUAAUAUCAUUCUAUACUUUGUAUAUGUUUAUGUGUUGAGUCAGGGUGGCGGUUUAAAAACUUUUUUCCAUCACAGUAGACACCUUGUUAAAUAAAAGUUUAAACCUUUA